AUGUCCAAGGACGAGACCAAGGAGGGCGUUGCCCAAGAGGUCUCCCAUGAGGAGAAGCACGUCGUCGACAAGGAGGUGCUCGACACGGCUGAGCCUGCCCAUCGCCGCCAGUCUGCUGCCGUCAACCUGGUCGAGAACCCCCUCAAGCGUGUCUCCAAGGAGCAGAAUAUUCUCGAUGCAAAGACAUUCGCCGAGCUGCACGGAAUGCCCGAAAGGGCCGAGCUCUUUGGCAAAGCUGCUCUCGUAGCUCGCGACCUGGACGCCUUCAACACCGUCGCUGAACUCAACGAGGAGGAGCGAACUGCCCUCCAGUAUGAAAAGGACCACAAGUGGCAUGGCCCCGUCAUGCUGUGGUACUCAAUUGGCCUCUGUGCCGUCGGUGCUGCCACCCAGGGAUGGGACCAGACCGGAUCCAACGGUGCCAACCUGUCCUUCCCCCAGGAGUUCGGCAUCGCCAGCGAUUCCCAGCACGAUACGUGGAUUGUCGGUCUCGUCAAUGCCAUUAUUUUCCUGACUGCUGGUCUCAUCGGUGCCUUCAUUGUCGAUCCUCUCAACCACUACCUCGGCCGACGCGGUGAAAUCUUCGUCACUGCUCUCUGCCUCACUGCCACCCCCAUUGGCUCUGGUUUCGCAAGGUCAUGGCAGGAGCUCUUCGCCGCCCGAUUCGUCAUGGGCAUCGGUAUCGGCGCAAAGAACGCCACUGUCCCCAUCUACAGUGCUGAAAUGGCCCCUGCCCGUAUCCGUGGUGCUCUGGUCAUGUUCUGGCAGCUCUGGGUCGUUGCUGGUAUCUUCCUUGGUUUCUGCGCCAACGUCAUUGUCAAGGACACCGGCGCCAUCGCGUGGCGUCUCCAGCUGGGAUCCGCCUUCAUCCCCUCCUUCAUCCUCGGCGCCGGUAUCUUCUUCUGCCCCGAGUCGCCCCGUUGGCUCAUGAAGCACGGAAAGAUCGCCCAGGGCUUCGAGUCCAUGAACCGCCUCCGUGCCCACCCCAUCAUCGCCGCCCGCGACUACUACUACUCUCACGUCAUCUACGAGGAGGAGCUCAAGGAGGCCGCCGGUGCUGGCUACUUCUCCCGCAUGUGGGACUGCUUCCGCGUUCCCCGAAUCAGGCGCGCAAACUACGGUGCUUCCACUGUCAUGCUUGCCCAGCAGAUGUGCGGAAUCAACAUCAUCUCCUUCUACAGCUCAACUAUCUUUGAGGAAGCUGGUUACCUGCCCACCGAAGCUCUGUAUGCCUCUCUGGGUUACGGUGCUAUCCAGGUCGUGUCGACCAUCCCCACUCUGUUCCUGAUUGAUACCAAGGGUCGACGAACACUGACUCUGGCUACCUUCCCUGGAAUGUGUAUCUUCCUGCUUGCUGCUGGUCUUUCUCUGUUGAAGACUGACGGUUCCCGUGCUGAGCAGCUCGCACCCGUUGUCUUGUUCAUUUACCUCUUCACCAUCUGCUACUCCCUCGGUGAAGGACCCGUUGCUUUCCAGUACUCUGCGGAGGUGUUCCCAACCAUUCAGCGUGAACAGGGCAUGGCCUGGGCCGUGUGCAUCAGUGAGUUGUUUCCAUUUCCCCGAUUCGAUGACUCUGUACUAACCUUGAAUAGACAACACUUUCGGUUUUCUAGUGAGCCAUUGUUGACUAUCAUGCUAACGUUGUUCCCAGCUGGUAUCCUCAGUCUUACCUUCCCCACUAUGCGAAAGGCCAUGACACCUACUGGAGCUUUCGGAUUCUACGCCGGAUUGAACCUGAUAGCCUGGUUCAUGAUCUUUUGCUUCGUUCGUGAGACAAAGCAGCUGACUCUGGAAGAGUUGGACCAGGUCUUCUCCGUCCCAACCAAGGAGUUCAUCGCCUACGAGACCAAGGUGUGGCUCCCAUACUUUGUUAAGCGCCACAUCUUCCGCAAGAACAUCCCCAAGCCUCCCCCUAUCAUCGAGAAGGCCGGAAACACCUCCGACUCCAACUAA